GGGGCUGAGCCAGCCAGCUGUAAAAGUGCUGCACAAGACAAGAGCUGAGAAGUCAACACAAAGUCAAAAGAAAAAGAAAGGGGUUCGUACCGCAGCGUGGCAUUCUCCCUCCUCCCCUCAUCCUGUUGUGACUGCACCUGCUGAAUGUGACCGGCGGGCACUGGAAGCAGCUGCAGCCACAGCCUUGGUGAGGAGCAACCGCAGCCCUGCCAGCUCCCUCCCAGUUCUCAUUGAGAAAAGGGGAGACGGAGCAGGAGGAGGGGGAGGAGAUGCUCCCUGCAAAGCUGCCUCCCCCCACAGAUCCAAAGAGCCUCUUGGAAUGGGCACUCGACUGUUCUGACGUGGUGAUUCUCUCGGGAGUUUGAAGACAGAAAGGAAAGGGGAGAAACCUGCAGAGAGCAUCAAAGGAUGAGGGGUGCUAUAAAAGAAGCAGGGGAGUCCUUUGAAAGAAAUCUAUCAUGCACUGAAAUGCUUUCUGGAGAAGGUGCCAUUAUUUUCCUCCCCUCUUGCUCAGAUGAAAGGAGCCAGCAAGGACUGUCCUGAAGUAUUCCUCAGGGGCUUUUUUGUCAUUGUUCCUCUUUCCUCUUGCACAGGGCUAUUUGCUGACCUUUCCAGAGGAAUCUCAGUCCAGCUGAGAAGACAGUUCUUAAUAAAAACAAAAAAAUGCAAAAACCAAUUCCUGCUGUUUGAAUGGGAAUGGUAGCUUGCUUGCUGCAGUUCUUUUCCUGUGACAUUUUGGAAUGUCUGCAGAAACUUAAAAAAAAAAAAAAAAAAAAAAAAAAAAAAACCUUAAAAACUCCCUGGAUUAGGCAAGAGAAAAGGAAGUUUUUUUGCUAAAAAGGAGUAAAUGAGAGGUGAUAACUUAUCCCUAAGCCAGGACCUGGAUGAUCAAAACCUUCAAGUUCUAGGAAUCAGCACUUCAAAAAUAACAAAUAAACAAGCAUGAGGAGUGGCUGUGGGGUUUCGCUCAGAGGCAGGUUUUAAAGGAAGCCAAAACCGGGUUCAGAACUUCGGGCCUGUACGAUGCCUGAAGACAGGAAUUCUGGGGGGUGCCCAGCUGGUGCCUUAGCCUCAACUCCUUUCAUCCCUAAAACUACAUACAGAAGAAUCAAACGGUGUUUUAGUUUUCGGAAAGGCAUUUUUGGACAGAAACUGGAGGAUACUGUUCGUUAUGAGAAGCGAUAUGGGAACCGUCUGGCUCCAAUGUUGGUGGAGCAGUGCGUGGACUUUAUCCGACAAAGGGGGCUGAAAGAAGAGGGUCUGUUUCGACUGCCGGGCCAGGCUAAUCUUGUUAAGGAGCUCCAAGAUGCCUUUGAUUGUGGGGAGAAGCCAUCAUUUGACAGCAACACAGAUGUACACACGGUGGCAUCACUUCUUAAGCUGUACCUCCGAGAACUUCCAGAACCAGUUAUUCCUUAUGCAAAGUAUGAAGAUUUUUUGUCAUGUGCCAAACUACUCAGCAAGGAAGAGGAAGCAGGUGUUAAGGAAUUAGCAAAGCAGGUGAAGAGUUUGCCAGUGGUAAAUUACAACCUCCUCAAGUAUAUUUGCAGGUUCUUGGAUGAAGUACAGUCCUACUCGGGAGUUAACAAAAUGAGUGUGCAGAACUUGGCAACUGUCUUUGGUCCUAAUAUCCUGCGCCCCAAAGUGGAAGAUCCUUUGACUAUCAUGGAGGGCACCGUGGUGGUCCAGCAGUUGAUGUCAGUGAUGAUUAGCAAACAUGAUUGCCUCUUUCCCAAAGAUGCAGAACUACAAAGCAAGCCCCAAGAUGGAGUGAGCAACAACAAUGAAAUUCAGAAGAAAGCCACCAUGGGGCAGUUACAGAACAAGGAGAACAAUAACACCAAGGACAGCCCUAGUAAGCAGUGCUCCUGGGACAAGUCUGAGUCACCCCAGAGAGGCAGCAUGGACAAUGGAUCCCCCACAGCCCUAUCAGGCAGCAAAACCAACAGCCCAAGGAACAGUGUUCACAAGCUAGAUGUGUCUAGAAGCCCCCCUCUCAUGGUCAAAAAGAACCCAGCCUUUAAUAAGGGUAGUGGGAUAGUUACCAAUGGGUCCUUCAGCAGCAGUAAUGCAGAAGGUCUUGAGAAAACCCAAACCACCCCCAAUGGGAGCCUACAGGCCAGAAGGACCUCUUCACUGAAGGGAUCUGGUACCAAAAUGGGCACGCACAGUGUACAGAAUGGAACAGCGCGCAUGGGCAUCUUGAACAGCGACACACUCGGGAACCCUGCAAAUGUUCGAAACAUGAGCUGGCUGCCAAAUGGCUAUGUGACCCUGAGGGAUAACAAGCAGAAAGAGCAAGCUGGAGAGUUAGGCCAGCACAACAGACUGUCCACCUAUGAUAAUGUCCAUCAACAGUUCUCCAUGAUGAACCUUGAUGACAAGCAGAGCAUCGACAGUGCUACCUGGUCCACUUCCUCCUGUGAAAUCUCCCUCCCUGAGAACUCCAACUCCUGUCGCUCUUCUACCACCACCUGCCCAGAGCAAGACUUUUAUGGGGGGAACUUUGAGGACCCUGUUUUGGAUGGGCCCCCACAGGACGACCUUUCCCACCCCAGGGACUAUGAAAGCAAAAGUGACCAUAGGAGUGUGGGAGGUCGAAGUAGUCGUGCCACCAGCAGCAGUGACAACAGUGAGACAUUUGUGGGCAACAGCAGCAGCAACCACAGUGCACUGCACAGUUUAGUUUCCAGCCUGAAACAGGAAAUGACCAAACAGAAGAUAGAGUAUGAGUCCAGGAUAAAGAGCUUAGAACAGCGGAACUUGACUUUGGAAACAGAAAUGAUGAGCCUCCAUGAUGAACUGGAUCAGGAGAGGAAAAAGUUCACAAUGAUAGAAAUAAAAAUGCGAAAUGCCGAGCGAGCAAAAGAAGAUGCCGAGAAAAGAAAUGACAUGCUGCAGAAAGAAAUGGAGCAGUUUUUUUCCACGUUUGGAGAACUGACAGUGGAACCCAGGAGAACCGAGAGAGGAAACACAGUAUGGAUCCAGUGAGCCUGCUUUCUCCUGCUAUCUCCGAUGGCUCUGGCAAGGACUCCAGGGAUUCUGGUGGGAUAUGACUUAGAACCAGGUGGCUGGUCACCUGGAUGUACAGAAGUCUAAGUGGUGAAGGAAUAUCAUUUAUAGACAUUAACCAUCCAUAUCUGCAAUGUGUACCAAAGUUAUAUCAUGCCCCAUAAUGCUACUGUCAAGUGUUACAACUGGAUAUGUGUAUAUAGAGUAGUUUUUCAAAAGUAAACUAAAAAUGGGAAGCAUAUUUCAAGAAUUAUUUUAUUCCAAGUCUUGUAUUUAAAAUGUUAAAUCAAUAUGUUGUUGCAAUUUAGCUUGCUUUCAAGCUUCACCCCUUGCACUUAACAUAAGCUAUUUUUGGCAUUGUGUUGUCAUCGGCUUAUUUUAUAGAUCAAUAUUUUUAUUUCCAUUUUUGCUGAGGAAAUGAAGAUAAGCAAAAAUAUAAAUAUAUAUAUAUAAAUAUAUGAGUUAUUAAAAUCAGAAGAAUA